AUGUCUGAAUCAUUGCCAGAUAUCCCUGACGAUAUAGUGGAAGCGUACUUUGAAUCAGAUAAAUAUGCGAUCCCCCCGUUUUCCGCACCUGUACAACAGUUAGAUCAAAGCCAGCUUAAUCUCUUAGACACCUCAAUCUCAUAUAAUCAGAAUCGUUUGCAAUCUCAAGCGUCAAAUGGAAGCUUGCAUCACAAUAUAUCUCAGCACAAGACAAGAAAUGAUCCUAUACAUUAUGGGACAGGUCCAGCGUUUCAAAACUCUCACUUGCUGCCAGUCGGAUCUCUGGACAGCAUUGUCAGCAACUUGGCAGAUUUCGGCUAUGUUAUGGACAACAGAGUGGCUCCCGCAAACCCCCAGCCAUUGCCCAAUGCAACCUUAGACGAUGCUUUCGGGUUUUACCCUCUUGAAAACCCCUUGACAUUUAACAUUGCCAAUGCAGACUUUACCCCCUUGUCCAAUGGCGACUCUGGAACCAGUCCUCCCGUGGAGGUUGGAGUACCCAUCCAAUUUCCUUUCUCAUCUUCCACAGCAGCAUUUAAUCCUAGCAUAUCGGGUAAUUUCAUUCCAAAUUCAGCAUCCAAUCUGGAAGACCGGUCUGCUCAAUUACAGUUUCUAGCUGCUCUGGAUAACUCGAUUGCGAGCUACGACUAUAGAGCCAACCUGGACCACAAUAUGCAGUACGACGAACAUGAAAUCAAUCAACCCACUGGAUUAAAUAUCCCAGCGAUUCCUCCCUUGUCGUAUAGCGAGCGGAACCUAAGAACUAUUAAAGAUGAACUGGCCUCUAUCUUAGAGCAAUCAGAUCUUACUUCCAAAGCUGAAGCAUUGACUGGUCUGUGCAAAGAAGACUCUUUGGUGCAGUUAGUUGAACCACCUUUGCCUUGGGAAGAGUCUGGUCUUGGGCCAUAUAAACCACUAGUGCUGAAGCAGGGUGUAAACCUAGUUAUGGAGAUGAGAAGGGUGUUAAAAGCACCGGAAAAGUUCUCUGAAAGUCCUUUUCUCGUGCCAAUUAGAAACACAGAAUUAACACCGUCUCCUUCGGGCUCGAGCACCCCAUCACCUUCGUCGAGUAACUCAUCAACCUUUUCGUUGCAGCAAAAAAAGCAUUUAUUUCGCAGUCAACUGUCAACAUCGUCUUCAAGAAUACUGGACAGGAAUGUUUCCGAGUUUCAGACACAGCAUUCACCUAAUGCUGUAAAAACGUUGGUAUGUAAACCAGACAUUUACGGAGCAGAGCUGACAUCUUCGAUGCGAACAUCUUUGAACGAUCGGAAGUUUGGUCUCGGAGCAUCUAGCCGAAAUUACGUCAGUGGCAGUAGUGGUAACAGUUCCGAGAGCAGCACUGCUAGUUCAAAUGGGUCCCCAGUUACGAUGCCCAUUGGUACGAUGCCGAGCGGCCAAUCACAGGUUAAUGGACGUCAGCUAAUAGAACAAGCAAUAUCUCUUGUUCAGGAAGCAAUCUCGCCAAAUGACGGUCACGAGCAUCAGACAUGGGUCGACGACUGGAUAUAUAGAGGAGACUCGCCAGUAAACAAGUCAGGCAUUGAAAGUCAGCAUGAAGCGAUUAAAAUCAACCCGCGACUGGAUUAUCAGAUCAGAGAGAUUAUCCAACAGUGGACCCCCUACAAGCCACGAACCGACCGAUUCUUCAGGAUAACAGACAAAAACUGUAGCAGUUUCAAUACCGAAGAACUAAAAGAAAUGCUUGAAAUAGUGACGUCGCGACCCCCAAGACGGAUCAACUACUAUCCAGCCUACCAACUGUGUACCGACGGAGAAAUUGGGCAGGGACAAACAGUCACCGACUGGCGACACAUGUCGGCACUACAUCCCCCAAGCUCGAAAACUAGACAGCCCAUGCUCAACCACCCUCCAAUUGAACCAGGUAUGGAAGAGAGCGAGCGGCCAGUUCCCAACCUACGAAAACGUGAGGGUAAUAUUUACGAGCCGACCUGGGUCAGAGGCAAGAAAAAGCUGAAAGAAGGAUGGUGUGAUCACUGCGAGGGAGGCUUCUACCUGAUGAAGAACUCCGGAUACCUUUACCACAAGAACCACGAACACGGCAUAUUCCCAAACGGAUACAUCUUCGAGGACCCACUGGUCAUACGAAGAAAGAUGGAACGAGAGUCCAAAUGGGAAGGACUGUGUGGCAUAUGUUACCACUGGAUCGAUCUCGACCACACAGAACGCAAAUGCUGGGGCACCUGGUACCGGCACUACAAACAGUGUGCCAACGAGUACGAAGAGUUCAAAAAGGUGCUAGCGGCCACUGGGGCACCGGUUCACCUGGUCGAGCUGAGGUACUGUCCUAUAGACGAAACACUAGAGAAUAGCUGA